UGCUGUUUUUGCAGUCGCUCCCGCCCACUGUGGUUUCGCUCACUUCCUUCCUCUCCUGGUGCAAAACAGCCAAUCAGAACCAGUGUGAUAUCUUUACUCGGACAGUUUAAGCACGGCGAACCAAUCCAAAAGCGCAAAAGGAAGACUAAGCGGGUUCGUCGUUGAAGGGUAGUGUGUUCAGGGUUCAACAACAGGCGUCUCGCGGGCUUACAAGAUAAAUACAAAUAUGGGACUUGUACAACUUUGUAGAUAUCAAAUGCAUUUAUUCAACGAGGCCACAUAAGGAUGGCCACAGAUGACAGUAUCUCUGAGGAUGUGUCCGGCUCCGUGGCCCUAAGCCAGGAUCAUGCGGAAAACAGCGUCGGGAAGGACAGCGAGGGCUCCGUCGACUCCGAGGACGCGCUGUCGGGGCCGACCGCCUCCGAGGAGGGGCGUAUCUCUGCGCAGUCGGCGCAGACCCUGGAGGGAAUCCUCACCGCCGCCGCCGGGACGGUGACAAACAAAGGCCCAAUCACACCCGCGUCUAACAGUGCCCAGAAGAACAGGAAUCUCCAUCUGGAUGUGAAGGGGUCAGGGAGAAGUCUGACCACCAUCAACCCCAGUCCACUGGAGACCCUUACAGCCCUGGUGCAAGAGAUCCAGAACAGUGGGGGCACUGACCCUGAGAUCUGGAGAGAUUGCGAGGGCCGAUGGCUGCAGCUGUUUGAGCUGGUGGAGAAGCAGUACCGGGACCAGAUCCUGGCCCAGCACGAGCAGUACCAGCGCCAGGUCCAGCUCAUUCAGGAUGAGAUCAAGGCCCUGGUGCGGCUGCAGAACCGGUCCCGCGCCACGCAGAACCCGGACGGCCCUCUGGGCCGCGGCGCCGGGGACUCCCCGCUCGUUCGGCUCCUCGGCCGCGGCCUCGCGGGGCCCCCCCUGGUGCCCCGCCCUCCGAGCGCCACGUCCCCCGUCCGCCCUGUGGCAGGCGAGCCGCGCCCCAAGGCCCGGGACAGCCGGGAGGAAGGCGCCAUGACGGUGAACAGCAGCGGCUACGGGACGCUGUCCACCUGGGGGGGGCCCAGCCCGCACUGGGGGGGCGAGGGAGGGGGGCAGAGUUCGGUGCUCGGCCUGCGGCCCUUGGCCACGCCAGACUCUGACCUGAUGAGUCGGGAGUCUCAGCGAAAGCUGCCCAAUCACACGUCUCUGUCUGCUCCGCCGGCCAAUCACAGCCCCUCUGCUGCUCAGCACAAAGCCACCAGGCAACUGACCUCCUGGGCGCAGAAACGCAGGGUGCCCAGGAGCAGGUCGGCACAGUCCCAGCGCCCACGGGCGGAGGAGGAGGAGGGGGAAGAGGAAGAGGAGGAGAGCCAUGGGGGGUCCCUGAGCGCUGAUGGUGACCGCCCAGAUGAAUAUCGAACAACUUGCUUGAAGCGAACUGACAGCCUGAUGUCUGAAGCCUCAGGUCUGACGUACUGGAGGCUGGACGAGGGUGAGCUCUAUCGCCCCCUACCGGACAGCUUCGACAGCGGGGCCUACCUCCUCCUGCAGGACAUGUCCCUGAACCAGGAUGAUCCCAAACUGCCGGGGUCCCUCAGGGAGAUCUACCAGCGCAGGCAGGGGGGGCGAGCCAAGCAGCAGGAAUGGGACUCCUCCCUCACCUCCAACGCCUCUACUCCUCAGGUGUUGACCCUUGACCCCACGCUGCACAUGAAGCAGUCCGACCGGACGUCCGGGUUUACCUCCCCCUCCCACUUCAGCAGCCCGUCCUCCCCCCAGCAGCCCCCGCCCGGCCACGCCCCGGGGGCACCCGCCCUCAGCCCGGACUCCAUGAGUGAGGGGCCCCCAGCCCGGGGCUGCCCGGACCCCGCUUGCCCCUCCCCCAGACUGUCCCCGGCUGGCACGCCCACAGAGGGGGGGCCCAACCGGACUUCCGCUGCACCCGCACCCCCCCACGCCCUUUACAACCGCGUCUCCUACGGCGACGACGAGAGCAGCCGCCGAACCGUGCUCACGCCCCACGCCCACACCCGUCCCGACCAAUCAGGAGGCAGCCUGGAGAGGACCGUCUCCUCCUCCUCCCUGGAAGACCCGGUGGUCAUGUCUCUGGUGAGGCAGAGCCUGAAGGAGAAGCACUCCCGGCACGUAGCGGAUCUCCGAGCGUACUACGAGUCUGAGAUCUCCUCCCUGAAGGAGCAGCUCUCCGUGGAGCUGCGGCGCUCGGACGCUGACCUGCAGACGAGCAACCGGGCCCUCCUCGAGAGGUGUGAACACCUGGACAGAGCGCUAACCGAAGCCAGCGCCUGCAUCCGAGACCUGGAGAACAAGAACCGCCGACUGGAGAGCCAGCUGGCUGAGUGGCCGGCGCGGUACGCGGCGGCUGACGCGGCGGUGCAGGCCCUGCGGGCGCGGCUGGAGGACAGCGACCGCGGCGGGCGGGAGAAGGACGGCGCUCUGGCCCGGCUGCGGUCCCGGCUGCAGGAGCUGCAGAGGGAGCUGGACGGGGCCUCCCGGCUCUCCCACGACCAGGGCGCCCAGAUGAGGCAGGAGCACCGCGCGCUACAGGAACUCCUAGUGGAGUAUGAUUCCCUGAGAAAAGACCAUGACAGAGUGAAGGAUGAUCUGGCUUCGGCUGAGAACAAGCUCUUUGAUGCCAAUUCACAGAUAUCUGAACUGAAGAGGUUCGUAUCCAAACUGGAGUCUCAGGUCAAACAGCUGGAGCACGAGAACCUGGCGAAGACGCGUCACAUGAUCCAGGCCCGGUCACAGGCUGGACUCUCCCAGCAGCCAGACCUGCUCCUCUCUCCUUGUAAGAGCCGGGCUCUCCUGAACAGUGACAGGAAGUGGCCGAGCCCUGAACCCGACCCCUCUGCCCACUCAGGUCCGGCCUCUGAUAGAACAGCCAUGCACACCAGCAGGUGCUACUCCCCCCCUCCGGAGACCCCCACCCCGCUGAUGAAGGCGCUGCUCCGCAUGGAGGAGGCCCGAGGCAGCCGUGGCCACGCCCCCCCCGGGGCCGGUUCGGGGAGCCCCAGGCCCACAGUGAGUUUUGUGGAGGGCAGCAGGGGGGCCUCUCUCCAGAGGAGCCUCUCUCCAGAGGGGCCCAGAUCCUCCUCCCUCCCCCCCGGCACCCGGAGGAGCGCCCCGACCUCCACGCCCACGAAGAGGGAGACGCUCAUCACCCCGCUGUCAGCCAAGUCCAGCCCCAAACGCUGUCCCACGGAGAACUACUCCACCGCGUUCGGACGCUCGCCCGUCCAGCAGCUGUACAGCAACGGCCGGCUUCAUGUGAACUCUGACCAAACGGACCCGUCCUCCACCUCGCUGUCUCGCACCUCCAGUCUCAGAAAGAGGCUCCAGUUCUCGUCAGAAGGACCGGAAGGUUCUUCAGCAGUCCCCUGCCAGCCCAGCAGCGGGGGGCCUGUGCUCUCAAACGGGGCGGGGCCAGGGGAACAGACCGCGGGGUUGGGCCGGGAGGAGCAGGGGGCGGAGCUGCCUGACUCCUCCGACAGCGACGUGCCCUCGUCCUACCAGCCCCAGGUGCAGUCACUGGCCGACACGGAGCGGCUGUUCGACGAGCUCACGCAGGAGAAGCAGCAGAUCGAGGCGGAGCUCAGCCGGAUCCCUGGGGGUGGAGCCAGAGUCACCAUGCAGAGCAGACUGGACGAGGUGGCCCUUGAAAGGCGACUAGAAAAGGUCAACCGUGACUUGGGGUCCAUCCGUAUGACGCUGAAGAGAUUUCAUGUACUAAGGUCUUCUGCCAAUAUAUAACAUUUUCUUGUGUCAAUAAGGUUUAUGAAACCCAACCUUUGUUGAUUGGUGGUCAUAAAGAGCACCGUUGUUUAUGGAAUUAUUUUAAAAUCUUUUUUGUUUUUUGCUUAACGUAUUUCCUGUAUAGAACAUUUUGUGUACAUGUCCAAAGGAUAUUUUCUAUUUUGUUACUGUGAUAUCUAUUUGGUAUGUUUUAUUACACAAAGAAGCUGAAGGAUAUUGCAAAACCUUUUAAAGAGUAUAUUUUAUUAAUGGUGAGAUUUUAUAAAAUCCUUAAUUUUCUAGAGAUGAAGAUUCAUAUUCAUUGUGUUUCUUAUCCUGUAUCUUUGGCCAUAUUCAGGUAGAUUGUGUGUUUUUAUCUGCUUAUCAAUGUAAAUGAGGCCAAAAUUGAGAAUGUUCCAGCAGUCAUUUUUUGUUAUAAUGCCCAGUUUUUGCAGAAAUAUCAUAGAUUUUUGUAUUUCAUAUGAAAGUCUACAUUUAAUAGCCUUCCAAAUGUUUCAAGUAAUUUAACGUGACUUAUUUGUUUGUUAAAUUGUGUACAGUAUAGUUUAUUUUUGGGUUUUAAAAAAAGUGUUCAUUAAAAAUGCCUUGUGUUUGUUAGAAAAUCAUAAAAGAAGAUUGUAUGGAAGAUCAGGAUUUUAAUUGAAAGCUGGUCUGAAUAGUUGGCAUCUCUGAAUAGUUUUGUUCUUAAGGUUGUCUGUGAAAGAAAUGUGUAGCUGGAUGGGCAUAUGCUAGCAAAGUGAAAAAUGGUAUUGUAAAAAUACUGAAGGGUUGUCCUCAGUCCAUUUUAUUAUUAUAUAUUAGUGUCACUAUAAAUUUGUGACAGUUUAGCUUAAUGAAAUUGUAUAGCAUAUACUAACAAGGUGUCCAAGAUUAAUAAUUUAUUUUUAGCAGCACAAACGCUUCUUCCAGUAAAAAUAUUUUUGACAAAAGACUCGAAACGACUGUCCAGAGAUGUUAAACUCAGAUUAGUAUUAGAACACAGAUUAGUGUUGUUUGACCUUCAAGUUGAACAGAAAUGAUUAAGGUCAGAUGGAAUGAAUGCCAGCAGACACAAGUAGAUGACUGAAUGAUUGACAGGCAGAUUGUUUGUCAUUGGUUUUGGAUCAUAAAAGUUUGUAAACACAUCAUUGAAAAUCGUAGUUCUUUUUAAAUAAUUGAAUUGUCAAGAAAUUGAAUGCUGAUCAUUUUUGCCAUUUCACAUUUUUUGUUUAUCGUUUUGUUUAGGGCAUGAUGCUUAUAUAUAUAUAUAGCAUCAUGCCCUAGAAAUAUACAGUUUUAAAACAUUCCAUUUAUUUUAAAUCUGUCCAGUCCUUGUUAAGGUGAAUUAACAAAAUGACACUUGUGAUUCUACCCCUGUGUUAAUUUCUAAAUGAUUUUGUGCAAAAACCAAACCAGCACAUACUGUUUACACGUGUGAUCUCCUGUGGGUGGGAGAGAAACAUCACCAUGCAGGGACAGCCUUAGUGUAAUGUAUGGGGAAAAUGUCACUUACCUUUUAUUUAUUUUAUAUUUUUUUAGUAAAGUUGGCGAUUGCACUGAAUCAGACCUGGUUAUGUUUGAUGUGUUACUUUUAAGUACUUUUUCACAUUAAAUUUGCCAACUGAAAAUAAAAGCCUUGCACAUUUUUCCA